AUGGAUUCGAUAAGGGAUGAGAAUUAUUUAAGAGAAAAUGGUUUGACCGAUACAGUUGGUAUUGUUUUGGCAUCAUCAUCAACAACAACAUCAAAUAUAAAUGAUAUUGAUGAUGUACCAGAUUAUAAUGAAGCAUUUCCUCUAUUAAUUUCAACUGGUCAAUUGGAUAUAAAUCGUUCAAAUACAUUUUUUUCUUCAUCACCAUUUUCAUCAUCAUUAAAUGGAUCAAAUCCUAUGGGUAAUACAACAACAUCAUUAUAUAAUUCAUCAAAAAUUGACGAAGAUCGUCGACGUAAAUUAGCUAUUCAUGAAAAAUCAGCAACAACUAAAAUUAUUGAAAUUCCUCCCGAAGAACGUGUUACAGAUAAUAAUCGACGUGGUGGUUAUCAAUCAAUACGUAAUAGUGGUGCUAAUAAUUUAUCCAAUACAAAUGGACCACCAUUACAAAAAAUUUGUAUAAGAAUUCAAAAAGAAACAUCUACAAAUAUAACAUUUUUCUGUAAAGAUCAAACAUUAAUAGUCACUAUAACCGGUCGACCUGAACAAGUACGUUUAGCACAAGCACAAAUUCUACGUGAAUUACAAAAACCAAUUCAAUUAGCUGUUAAUAUACCAUUAGAUUUUCAUCGUUUUAUAAUUGGUCCACGUGGUACAACAUUAAAACUUUUAGAACAAGAAACAUUAACACGUAUAGCUGUACCACCACAAGAUAGUCAAUCAAAUGCUAUACUUAUAUCAGGUGCAAAAGAUAAUGUUAAAUUAUGUGAACAAAAAAUACUUGAAUUAUAUCAUAUACAAUUAAAUAAAGGUUUUGAACGUUUAUCAAUACCAUAUUUAUAUCAUCCAUGGAUACGUUAUCAACUUGUUAAUGAAUUACAACGUCAAUAUAAUGUUACUGUUGAUUUACCACCACCAAUUAAACAAACUGAUGAAAUAACUAUACGUGGUGAACGUGAACCUGUUGAAAUAGCUAAAGGAAGAAUUAUGCAAUUUUUUCAAAAUUUGGAAGGAAAAAUAAUGACAUUUCCACUUGAAAUUCCAUGUGAACAACAUCGUUUUAUAUUAGGUAAAAAAGGUGCUGGUUUAAAAGAAAUAUUUGAUAAAACAAAUGUUGUUGUUCGUAUUCCAAAUCAAGAAGAAAAUUCAACAACAAUACAAGUUUUUGGUGAAACAACAAAAAUUGGUGAAGCUAUAACAAUGAUUUAUAAAAUGGCAAAUGCAUUAACAGCUGUUCAAAUUAAUGCACCACAUUGGAUGCAUAGUGUUGUUAAAGGUGAACGUAGUGCUAAUCUUGAUAUAAUAAAAAAAUCUCAUCCAGAUGUUCGAAUUUUUUUUCGUGAUGAUCAUAUUGCAUUAGAAGGACCACCCGAAGAAGUUGAAUUAGUUCGUAGUCAAAUUCAAACAGUUAUUGAUGAUUUACGAAACAAUAAUACAACAUAUUUAGAAAUUGAAAUUGAUCCACAAUAUUAUAAACAAUUAAUUGGAAAAAAUCAAAUACGUUUAAUUGAAAUGCAAGAACAAACAGGAUGUGAUAUUAAAUUUCCUUUUGAAGAUAAUCGUUAUGUUAAAUUAAUGGGUACUAAAGAAAGUGUUGAUAAAGCACGACAAUUUUUACUUGAACGAGUUCAAAAAUUGUCAAAUGAACGUACAACUGGUGUAAGUAUUGAUCCACAAUAUUAUCCACAAAUAAUUGGUGCUAAAGGUAAAAAAUUAGAAGAAGUUCGUUCAAAAUUUCAUAAUAUACAAAUAACAUUUCCUGAAGCAAAUGGUAAAAGUGAUAAAGUUAUAUUACAUGGUGAUAAAGAUGAUGUUGAAAAAUGUUCAAAAUUUUUACAACAAAAAAUUAAAGAUUUAUAUUCAAUUGAAAUUGAAGUAUCAAAACGUUUAUAUCCAUUAUUAAUUGGUAAAAAUGGUUCAAAUAUUCAACGUUUACGUGAACAAAUACCUGAUGUUCGUAUUGAUAUACCUAUUGUAGAUGAUAAUAAAGAAUAUUUACCUAUACGUUUAAAUGGUAAACGUAUUGAUGUUGAUAAAGCACGUAAACUUCUUGAUGAACAUAUAAAACAAUUAAAUAUAUCAUUAGAAAAUUCUGUUGAUCAAUAUAUAACAAUAGAUCCUAAAUGGCAUAGUCGAUUUUUUUUAAAUAAACGUAAAUUAUUAAAUGAUUUACAAACACAAUAUGGUGAUAUAUUAAUUAAAUUUCCUGAACGUAAUAAAAAUUCCGAUCAAAUUUUAUUACGUGGUCCAAAACAAAUUAUUGAACAAGUACAAAAACGUUUAGAAGAAUUAAUUGAUACAUGGGAAAAUACAAUAACAAAAGAAAUAUCAAUACCACAUCGUCAUCAUGGUUAUUUACUUGCACAAGGUGGUUCAUAUAUACAACCUAUACAAAAAGAAUAUAAUGUUCAAAUUAAAUUUCCACCACGUAAUAAUAAUGAACAAGAUUCAUCAAAUGAUGAUAUUGUUCGUAUAACUGGUCGUAUAGAUGAUAUUGAAAAAGCUAUAAUUCCUUUAGAAAAAAUGAUACCUAUUGAAUUAACAGUUGAUAUACCAUAUGAAGUACAUGGUAUUUUACUUGGUAGAGGUGGUAAUCAAUUACAAACAUUAAUAAAACAAUAUCCAGAUGUACAAAUAACAUUUCCAUCAGCAAAUUCAACAUCACAUUUAAUACAUUUAAAAGGACAAUCAGAACAAACUGAAAGUUUAAAAAAUGAAUUAAUACAACGUUAUGAAAAAUAUCUUGCUGAUAAACAAGCACGUUCAUAUGAAUUACGUUUUACAAUUAAAUCACAAUAUCGUUCAUUAAUUCUUGGUUAUCGUCGACGUACAAUUAAUAAUUUAAAACAAAAAUAUGAUGUUAAUAUACAAAUAUUAUCAAAUGAUGAACAACAAACAACAUCAUUAGAAAAUUCUUCAUUAACAAAUGAUAAUUCAUUAUUAAAUGAUAUUGAAAUUUUAAUUAUUGGUUAUGAAGAUAAAACUUUACAAUGUCGUGAUGAAAUAUUAAAAUUAAUAAAAGAUUUUGAAUCAACAAUAACAAUGGAAAUUGAUAUUGAUCAUCGUAUACAUGCACGUAUUAUUGGUACAGGUGGACAAAAAUUACAACAAAUUAUAAAAGAUUAUAAUGUUGAUAUUAAAUUUCCAACAAAUAAUCAAAGUGAUAAAGUACAUGUUAUUGGUACAAAUCAAGAAAAUAUUGAUGCUUGUAUUGAUCAUUUAUUAAUAUUAGAAGAAGAUUUUCUUGAAGAUUUACCAUAUAAAAAACAAAUACAAAAUGAAUCAACAACAGGAAGAGGACAACAACAAUUAUUAAAUAUUCAACAACAACAACAACAACAACAACAACAAGAUCUAUCAUCAACAUCAAAUUCAAAUAUAAAUAAAUCAAAUAAAAAUAAUAAUAAACAAGCAGCAUUUAAAGUUAAAAAUGCACCAUGGACAUCAAAUGAACAAAAUGGUUUUGAAAAUCAACAAGAAAAAUUUAUAAAUGAACGUCAGAAUUCAUCAAGACAAGGACGAUUUGCACCAAGUAGAGAAGAUUUUGGUGAAUAUCCAUCGUUUUCAAAUGGUUUGACAUUAACAACUGAUGAUGAUUCAUCAGAAAUAAAUGAAACAACAGUGAAUACAAUACCAAUUAUAUGGGGUCCUCCAAAACGGAAUAAAUAA